CAGAGCUCCUUAAACUGAGGAGCUUGUGUAGAGUAGGAUGUCUGCGCCCGCCUCAAAAUCUGGCGCCCGCAGCGCACGCGGCCCAAAGAGGAUCGACUUAUCUGGUUAUGGUGCGCCCUUGAGCGCCAGGGGGACUUCAAGUGACAGGGGCCCAUCUAAGAUGCAGACCUUGCCCAGUACCAUGACGACCUCCUCGCCUAGUCGGGAGAAGCGGAAACCCAGUGAGGUGAUAGCCGCAGCACGACAAACUGGAGGACUCAUAACUCUCGAACGCCAGGACAUGGCUUCAACGAAAAUCGUUUCCUUCCAGAACAUGAGUGACUUCACCCAUCAGGUGGAUUCCGUCGUGCCCAUGGACGAGCCACUCUUCAAGGCGACGCCCUCUGAGAUCCGCUUUGCCAAUUUUGAGAGUUUGCAGAACCUGGAUGCCACUCUGAACUUGCGCAAUCAGGACAACGUGGCAAGAAGGGUGAAAAUCCUGCAGCCUGACAGCACGUUUUUCAAGGUUUUGCCUGGCAAAGGGCGUAAACCUGAUCAGACUGACAACAAGGUUGCUCCUGGAAUGGAGGUCUCCUACAUAGUGCGUUUUACACCAGAUCAGCAGGUCGAAGACUACUCUUAUGAUUUGGUGGUCAUCACAGAGCGUGAGCGUUUCAUCGUUCCCAUCCGCGCCACCGGGGGCGGGGCGCUGCUGGACAUGCCGGACGAGGUGGACUUCGGCUUGUCACCGGUGAAGUACGAGGCGCCCAAGACCAUCAUGGUUCGCAAUGUUGGGGAGAAGCCAACCAAGUUUUUACUGAAAGUGCCAGCUCCCUUCAGUUCGUCCAUUCAGGAUGGUUACUUGGAAGUUGGCGAGAUCAUGCAGGUAGAUGUGGUCUUCCGACCUGACAAGGCGGAGCCUUACGAGCGAGAGAUGCUGAUCAUCUACGGUGAUGGUGUGGAGACAUAUGUGACACUGCGGGGCAGAGCAGAGAAUGUCAAUGUCACCUUCUCAGCAACCCAAUUGCAGUUGGAAGAUACCUUCAUCGCCCUGUCCACCCAGAAGACCAUUGUGAUUCACAACAACUCGGAGAUUCCGGUGGACUUUAGCUGGCGUGCCUUCCCAUCCAUCCAGGAGGAAAUUAGUCAAAAGCUGAAGCUGCAGGUUCAGUUGAAGCAAGAAGAAGCGGAAGAAGCUUCGGCAAUUCAAGAUUUGCGUUCCUCUGGUAGCAUCGAAUCAGAUGUGGAGUCUCAGCUCAGUGAAUCCUCCGAUGAAUACAACACCAGAGGUGCAUCGUUGAGGGACACGGAGAUGGCGCAAGGCGCGUUGCAGCGAAGAUAUAAGAACAUCGCCAAGGCAAUUCUGGAGGAUCCCAUGUUCUUCUAUGAUGAGAUCUUUGCGGUGGAGCCCCUGUCCGGCCGAAUCUGGGCCAAGUCCAAGAUUGCCAUCACCUUCACCUUCACGCCCAAGGCCGCAUUGAAUUAUCAAUGCCUGGCGUACUGCUCGGUGGUGGGCCGCGCGGAGCGAUUGCCAUUGCUUCUGAAAGGCACGGGGAUCGGGCCGAAGGCCGCUUUCUCCUAUGAUGAGCUCGACGUGGGAGACAUCUUUGUAGAAUCGGUACAUCAAUAUGAGGUGAAUCUGAUCAACCAGGGAGACAUCGACGUGGAAUUUCGACUGGUGCCAAAUCCUUCACCUUUCGGGUCAAUCUUCACCUUCACUCCCUCCGAUGGAUGUUUGGAAGUGGGUGGUGAAUGCACCAUAGUGGUGGAAGUUUGUCCAGAUUUACUGGGCGAAUUUCAGGAGGUCUUCUAUUGGGAGCUGGUGGGUAGCACCUCCAAGAUUGGGCUCAGCUUCAGGGGUCACUCUGUCUCGCCCACCUUCCACUUCGACUUGGACCGGAUCUCCUUUGGGGUCGUCAGCUAUGGCUUCCUGAACUCCAAGACCCUCACCCUGACCAACACCUCAGAGGUGCCAAUGAGAUUCGCACUGCGGAUCCCUGGCGAUGGACGCUUUACGCAACGCGAAUUCGAUGUCAUCCCGCCCAAGGGCACGUUGCUGCCCAACUGUGCGCAGAAGGUGCAGAUCGAUUUCGUCAGCAUGAACGUGAAGUCAUAUGACCUCUGCUUGGUGGUGGAUCUUGAUGGUGUGGGCCAGGAGCUGGCGAGUAUCCCGAUCCAAGCGCGUUGUGCGGUGACGCAAGUGGCACUGGAACCGGCGGAGCAUGUGGACUACGGGGAUAUCUUCAUCCGCUAUCCUUCGCAUCAGACCAUGGUGUUGAACAACACAUCGGCUUUACCUGCCAAGUUCCAGAUUAUGCCUCAGGAUGAGUCGACGCGAGCGAUCGCGGAGUUCGAGCCGGAUCAAUCCUUUGGUUCGGUUCCCCCGUCAUCCUCACACGUUUUGACGUUCACUCUGACAUCGCAAGUGAUUGGCACGCUGCAGAUUCCCAUUACACUGCGCAUCCUAGGGCAGAAUUCCGCCAGAAAUUUGAUUUUGAUCGCCAACACCAUUGGGCCCAUUGUCACGGUCGAGCCGAAUUUGGUGGACUGGGGAAACGCUCAUUGCCUGGAAGCCAUCACGCGAUCGGUUCUGGUCAGCAACAACAGUGUGAUCCCAGCCUCUAUCCGGUGCAUCAUGAAGAGCAAGAACAGCCUCUGGACUUUGUCGCCCAAAGCUAUGGAACUCCCACCGCAUGGGUCCUCCACCUUGAACAUGACGCUGACCAUCGAUGAGGUCGCAAAGAUGACAGAUACGGUGCACGUCAUCGUGCACGAGAGUAACGAUGUAGCGGUCACCGUGAGGGCCAAGGGCAUUGGAACUCCCGUGAUGUGUCGUGAAUCGUUAGAGGUGAUCGACUUCGGAACGCAGUACACCACCCAGACGCACAGCAAGGAAUUUGUCAUCGAAAAUCGUGGACGACAGCCCCGGAAGCUGGUCUGGACUCUGGAGUCCACGGAGGCCAAAAGAAAGGAGCGAAAACUGGAGGAAGGUGAUGUCCCGGUCUUUUCGGUGGUUCCGGACACCCUGCUGUUGGACGGAAAGUGCGCCUUCCGCUUCAUUUUCAACGCUUCCAGCCCGAGACCAGGGUCCCUGGUCGAUACCUUGACCUGCAAUGAGCUUUGUGGAGACGAUCGCAAGGGCAAGACCAUCUUCAAAGCUGAGUUGAGUGGCAACUUCGUGCUUCCCAUCCUGCAGCUUUCGGCCACCAGUGUGUCCUUCCGUUACCUGUGGGAAAGACAUUGCCCGUUGCAUCCCUUGUCCGAGCCCUUGGUCUUGAAGAACAUCUCGCCCUUGGAGGUUCGUUUCUUCAUCAAGGUGCAACCGCCAUUCUAUGUCAAUGUGGAUACUGUCUUCCUGCGACCCCACGAGGAUAUUGAGAUUAGGGUGGAAUUCGACCCUGCCUUCAAAGUGGAUCGGGUGUGUGGCACGGUGAAGCAGAAGCUAAGCAUUGUCUACCAGGACCAUCCACAGAGGGAUCAUGUGGGGCUGAUCGGUGAAGUGAUCUUCCCCAAUCUCACCUUAGGUGCGAACAAGCUGGACUUUGGUUCGGUGCUGAACGAGACGACCAAACAGAUGACCAUCACCAUGGGGAACCCCAAUGCCCUACCAGUGAACUAUCAAUGGUCUUUUGUGGAGGAUGCGGAUCUGAAUGAUGAAGAACUGGCCAGACGGGAACAGUCUACCGGAACCUCAGCCUUUGCCGGAACCCUGAUGAGUCCGGGCAACUCUCACACUUCAGGCUUCAAUCGUCAGGGGUCCCCUUCUGCUCCUUCUUCUGUGGCCCCUGAGGGGCAUCGCACGUCCGUGAGCCAAGCACCGAAGAAGAUGUCCAUGAAACCAGCGCUGGUGGACAUCAAUCAGAUCUUUGACAUAUUGCCCAUCAUGGGAACAUUGGAGCCAGGUCAUACCCAGGACAUCACCUUCACCUACUACGGCAUGAGAAAUCAAAAGUUUGAUGUCACGGCUGUGUGUCAAACAGAGGGUGGUCCGGAGUACGAGGUGGCGUUGAAGGGCCAGGCUUCCAAAUUGGACUUCUAUCUCGACAAGACGGAGCUGGACUUCGGCGAAGUGCCGUACACCGAGGUCCAAGAACGAGAAGUGUUACUGGUGAAUACGGGCAAGGUGGCGUUUCAAUACAGCUGGAACCUCUGCGCCCUAUCGCGACCCUCUGUGCUGGAUUGUUGGCCCAUUGCCGGGGAAAUCAAAGCGGGAGACAAGGAGAGAAUUACCAUCCGCUUUCGACCAGGCAUCCCCGACGAAGUCGCAGAGGUUGCGCUCUUGGAAGUGGCGCAUUUUGAACGUCAGCGGAUCCAUGUGCGAGGUCAUGGCAUCUUCCCUGGCAUCAUCUUGCUGCAUGGUGGAGGUACCAAGGAAAAGGACUUCAAAGGUCUGGAAAGAUGGGAGGAGCAAGAACACCAGAGCAACAAGGAGUUGGCGCUUCAGCGUCUGCUGACCAAUGGUCCACCCCCCUUAGCUGCCUGUGUCUCCAACAGCAGCAGCAGCGUCCCAGCGGCCUCGGUGGACGAAAUGGGUGAGAUCUCGGGCGAGGAGACGCAGUGGCAACCGGAACCCCAACUCAUCGAGUUCGAGGUAGAUCGACACUUCAUCUGCGAAACAUUGCUGAGCCAAGAGAAGGAUCUUUGGAAGAGGCAUUUGGACAAACACGCGGGCAAGGAGCCAAUGAUGAAGAUCGGCCGAGGCUCCGCGAGGAACAAGGCAGAUUGGAGACCUAUGCUGGAAUUGCCCCCAGUCACAGCAGCAUACUACUGCUGCAACUUUGGACACAUCGUGCUGGGGCACUCUGGAAAGAGAGUGAUCUCGGUGUACAACUGCUUCCAUGAGAAUGUGAACUUCAACAUUGGCCGAAAAGUGCUGAUGCAGCAUGGCUUUCAGAUUUCGCCUGAGAAGGUGAGCAAAGUUCUCCCUGGGAAGAAGGUGAAGUUGGAGCUCACUUGUUUCAGAGACAGGACAGGAGAGGAAGGAAAGCAAGAGACCACUUGGAUCAUCCCCGUCCGUGGUGGCCCUUCCUAUGAGGUGAAGUUAGUCAGUGAGUUCGUCCGGCCGGACCUGGAGCUCUCGUACUCCACCAUUGACUUUGGACAUGUGCCGGUGGGGCAGGUGAAGCGAAUCACCAUGAAGCUUCGAAACGUGAAGCCGGUGGUGGUGAGCUGGGACUAUAAGCUCCCCACUGACAAGUUCGGCAAAGCCCUGGAGUGCGCCUAUUUGCUGGAGCCCAGAGCUGGAAGGAUAGCUCCUGGUGAGAUCCAGUUCGUGACGGUAAGUUUCACUCCAACCGCAGCAAACUAUUUCAACCAGAAACUGGCGCUGCGGAUUGUGGACAAUCCCAAUCGCAAGCAGCUCCACCUCAAGGGCCACGGCGAUGGGCUCUACGUGGAGCUGGAGCCCAGCGAUGGCGCGGGCGGCGUCCGACUGGGCCCGGUGCUGCCGGGCACGGAGAACUGCAUCCAGGAGCUCUUCUUGGUGAAUCCCACGGAGUAUACCAUUGAAGUGUACAGUGUGGACUUUGACUCCAGAUACAAAGAGGAAGAGUAUUUCUUGCAAGUUUAUGAUCAGUACCAGAACGACCGCAUGGAGCUGCCGUUGCGGCCGCCGGGAGCACUGACCUGGCCCCAUGUGGCGAAGCACGGCCGCAGGGUGAAGCGAUUGGAGAUGAUUCGCGAGCGCGAAAUGAGGGAGCAGCAGAAGAUCCAAGCCAGAGAGCAGGCUGUGGAACGAGUGGAGGCGGCCAAGAAACAGGUGGAACUGGCUGCAUCUUCGGAGGAUCCUGAAGUCCCAGAGAAGGCGAAUCAGGAGCUACAGGACGCCGAGGCAGCGGUGGCGGAGAUAGAUGCCAUGCCAGAGGAAGAGCCCAUUGGGGAGGAGUCAGUGGAGGAAGUUGGAGAAGUGGACGAGGUGUGCAUUCUGCAGCAUGAGCCGCAACCAGAGAUGGAUCCCAAAGACUUCCCCUACCGAGUAGUGGAUGAGGACCGCUUGCACGCCCUGAUCAUCGGCCCCUCGGUCUGUGGCAAAACGACCUUGGCGCGGCACCUGUCGACGCAGGGGCGGAAGGUCACGUCGCUGGAUGAAGUGGUGGAUUGGGCUCUAUCAGGCCCACCCUCACUCCACGGACCUGAAGAGGAAACCAGACGCGAGAGACUUCGGAGGUUGAUGACCACCACAGAUGAGGAACACGAACAAUCAGAGAAGGACCGCGAGAAAGCUGCCACAAAAGCCAAAGAGCAGUUCGUACCCCUUCCUGUGAAGUAUGCGCUGCCUAUGGAGGAUGUGGUGCAUUUUCUGAAGGCUCGCAUGUUGUUGCCCGAUUGCAACGCUUGCCUGGUCUUCGAUGGCCUCUCUUCCAAGUAUUUGCCAUCGAUCGAGCAGACAGCGACAGCAAUCUUCACCGCCCUAUGGCCCCAGCGUGUGACCGUGCUGGCCAUGGGAUGCGAUGCCUAUGGUGACGCUGCCAUGUUCGGAGAAGGUGCCGUAGCAAAGCCACCGCCGGAGGAGUUGGAAGCGAACGACGAAGUGGGGAAGCUGCGGGCCUACUACAGCGCCCUGAAGGCGGGGAAGACCUGGGAUGCACCGGUCGCCAGUCAAGACCGCCCGGAAAGACUGGAGGCCCAACUGGUGCCUCUGCAGGAAGCCCUUCAUGCGGCAGAAGCUGAACUCAAAGAGGUCACCACGAAGCUUCAAGAGUUGGAGGAGCGCAAGCAAAAGAGGGCCGAAGAAACCGCAGCGGCAGGUGCGGAGGCCGCGGCUGAGGCCACAGAGGAAACAGCCGAGAUCUUGGUGGAGAGCGCCGCCACUUUGGAUGACCCUGAAGCUGCAGAGGAAGCACUUCUGCGGGAGAGCCUGAAGGCAGCGGAGCAGAACGCCAAAUCGGCCAAGGCGAAGGUCGAAGAGCUGGAAGGCCAAUUGGAACGCUGCCGCAGCAGCAUGCAGCAGCUGGAGAAGAGCGAGGGAUCCGAGGAGUCGCUCAUGGAACAGCUCCACGACACCGUGACUGCCCUGGAGUCCGCCGCCGCGCAAGUGCUGGAGUCGCAGCGGCCGAAAGUGGAGACGGAUGAAAGUGGAGAAGGUGCCGGUGUGGAGGGUCAACCCGAUGCUGAAACCGAAGGUGCAGCAGGACAGGGCGGACAGGGCGGACCCCCUGUGAAAUUCAGGUUCGUGACCGUAUCUGAGUCUCCCAAAAACUACUCAGAAGCUGAACAGACUCAGACACCACCGGAGAAGAAGAAGGUCAUCAAGCCGGAACCACAACCAACCGCCACCGUGCAGUUCGUGCCCUUACCCCUAGAGACAACCUUUGAGGUGCAACUGGGUCACCACCAGCAUGGCAUGGCAGCCUGCGACCCUGCGGACGACUUCCCAACCAUCCGCGCGGCAUGUGCCACGUACAUGCCGCCUCCCUUGAUCCCCAAGGAACCACCAAUUCCACCUCCCAGCCUGGCACAGGUGGUAGAACGUCCACAGCUACGCCUUCCGCGCCCGGCUGUGACGCACUUCCAAUUGCAAACUCCGCCGGAAGAAGCAACAGAGGAAGGUGAUGCCGCAGCUGCCGCUGCAACUGGUGGAGGGAGGACUGAAAGCAAGAAACCACAGGACAAGACAGACAAGACGGCACCACCUCCGGCUACGGAGGAACCAGUGGAACAGCCAACCCGAUGGCUGAUCAAACCCAAAGAGCGCGUGCGUUUGCUCCUGAAGUUCUUUUCAGAGGAGAUUGGCAACUACCAGUCCUCACUGGGCUUUGAAGUCGUUGGAGGCACGAAGCACAACGCCCACGUCUCCAUUGACGUCACCGGAAUCACCACCUUCCCAGGUAUCAGCAGUGACCCACGCAACGUCUUCAUGCGAAGGGUGAAGACCAAACCGGCCAGUGGCUAUGCCAGCAAGCAAUACAUCGCCUCCACAGGUGUCUUUGACUUUGGGCCUCUUUUGGCCGGUCGCAGUGCCAAUGAUGCUCCUGAUGAUGCGUCGGAGCAGUUUGUGAAGCAGCACAUCGAACAGUUCCGCAUCACCAACAAUUCCAUGUUGAAGGCCGAUGUCGCGUUCUCCUUGGCCUCCGCGAAAGUUCCUGAAGAUCCCAAAGCAAAGCCAGGAGGCAAGAACGCUGCAGCACCCAACCCGCUCGAGGAGUUUCCUUUCACCAUCGAGCCUAAGCAGUUGGAGUUGGAGGUGGGCGAAACCAAGGAGCUUUCGGUGUCCUGCUUCCCAGUCAAGGAAGGUACCUAUAGCGACACCAUUGUGGCCAACAUUACGGACAACCCGGAGCCAGUGGAAUUUCAGCUCGCGGCCAUCGGAGCGCUGCCCAAGGUCACGGUGGAUGUCACCGAAUUGGACUUCGACCGACUCCUGGUGAAGCAAAAGGCCUCGCAGAGUUUCAAGGUGCACGCGGUCUCGAACGUUACUGCGAUCCCAGUGAAGUGGCAGUUUCAGGCAACACCUCCGGUCCCGGAAGGCUUCGACAUCAACUUCAUGGAAGGAGUUCUGGGUGUGGCGGAAGAGCGGAUCAUCAACGUGGUCUUCAAGUCUGACACCGCUUGUACCCACAAGUUCAAGUUGCUCCUGCAGAUUUCGGACACGGAAAACUUCGGGAAAUGGGAGGCGGCCGGGGAGAUCGCCAUCGCCGCGGAGGCCUUCGUGGUGGACGUGCUCCCGCAGUUCCCGGAGGACGGCAAUGCGCUGGACAUGGGCGACGUGCGCGUGGGCGCCACGGUGGAGAAGACCUUCCAGGUGGUGAACAAUGGGAAAUAUGCCGUCAACUUUGAGCUGCAGAUUCGGCGUAAGUCGGUGCGGGAGCUUCUGCAGAUCGAUUAUGGCGUUCCGUUGGAAGAAGGCAAGCUGCCGGAGCUGCAGCCGGGGCAGAAGCUUCCCAUCAAGGCGACCGCCACACCACUGCUGGCCAUGCAGUUCCCGGACGUUGCGAAGCGCCAGGGCAAGAGUCGCAGCGAGGAACUGGAGCUUUUAGUCUACGAUUCCAAGACAGGUGGACGUGUCCAAGUAGAAACUCCUCUGAUUCCUUUGAUUCUGAGAGCUGUCUACAACUCCUUGAGCUUGAAUCCCACAGGGCUUGACUUUGGGCCGGUGAAGAUGGGAGAAUCCGGCACACGCGAGCUGGAGAUUUGCAACAACGGCCCUUUCAAGUCGCACCCCGAGAUUUGGGAGAAUGGCAGGUUUGACUGGUUUUUCUUCGAUGCUGAGGGCGAAGUGAAAAAACCCGACUUCACACCGGAUCCCAAGAAACCCGCGGAAGUGCCGGAUUUCGUUCUGGGGGACUUCAAACUUAGUCCCGGAUCAGGCAGCCUGGAACCGCAAGCAAUUGCGAAGAUUGUGGGAACCUUUGCGGCCACGGAGCCGAAAAAUUGGCAACACAAGCUGGGCAUCCACGUGCCCGGUCUUCCAGAGGAUGGAAGUGAUGCAGGAAUUCAACGUGGAGAAGGGGAAGGGGAUACGUUAUACAAAGAAUGCCUCCUAGCAGCCCAAAGUGCCACUCCAGGAAUUGAUGCAGCUAAUGUCCACUCCAUCUUUGAAGAACACUAUGUGGCUCCUACUCUGGACGAUGCUAUCGCCUUUGCGGGACGCUCGGGGAUUCGCGCCUUUGACGAAGAAGCGAGAUACUUCUCCUUCGGACCCGUGCCGGCCUUGCAUCAAGGCUCCCCCGAGACACCGGAGCCUGCCCGCUUUCGCAUCACCAAUCCGAAUCCCAUUGCGUGUGACGUGAAGUUUGAGAUCAAACCCACUGUGGCGCCUACGGGAAAGGAGGUGCCAGUGCUGCCUUUCGAGCUUUCCAGCAAGGAGCUUCACAUCCCGGCCCAUGAGUAUCGCUAUAUCAAGGUGCGUUUCAGCCCACAGGCGCCGCCGGCGCAGCAAACCCAGGGUCCCCAGGGUCCCUGGGCCCAGGGAGCACUGGCCCUUCCACCCGCUUCGCCAAUCGCUUCGCCAAUCGCCAUGGGUUGCUGUGGCUCAUCUCCGGUGAUCGGAACAUUGGAGGUGCCACAGGGCAUCGAGCAGCUGCUGGGGCAGAAGAAGGAAGUGGCCAGCAAAUCCAUCGCUGACAACGUGGAGGCCUGGGGCGUCAUGUCGCGCUCCUUUGGGGGCACGGCCAGCACGGCGCCGGAGGGGACCACGGACUGGAUCCUGGGACCCACGUUGCGGGAGAAAUGGGACGACCCACGGAGAAGAGCCAUGCUGGAUUGGAUGAUGAAGGUGGAAUGGUCCUGCUGCCUGGCCCGUGGUGGUUUCGCCCUGGGCGCCCGGAAGGAGGAUGGCAGCCUGGGUGCCGUGGUGGUGGUGCUGCCCUAUGAGAAGGGCAUCCCCUCCGACCUGGCGUCGAUGGGGGAGCUUUGGAGGGCCAUCAAGCCCUGUGGGAUGCCACCCAGGAAGCAGAUGGGGGAUGCCUCCAGGGGAAUAAGGGCUAGAGCCUUUGCAGCCAUGGACAUCAUCGAAAAGGUGAAGCAGAGGCAUUGCAGCGGUCCUCAUGCGCAUGUCCGGAACAUGUCGGUGGACCCCGACGCUCAGGGCCUUGGAUUCUGUGGCAAACUGAUGCGUGCGGUGAACGUGUGGGCAGAUAAUCUUCAGCUGCCUCUGUGGUUGGAAACCAGUGGUGCCCGCAAUGUGGCCAUCUAUGAACGGUUUGGUUACAAAACUAUGGAGCAGUACACCUUGAAAUGCAAAAAAGAUCCUGAAGUUCAUGAGGACGAGUUUGGCAUGAUGCGCUCUCCAGUCAAAGCCAGUGAAUGAUUGGCCGCAACCCUACGAAAAAACAGUGCCACUGGAGAUGUAGUGAUAUGCGCCUGUCAUGUGUAAACCACCCAACAGAACCGUUUCAAAAUUUCAUAGGGCCAAUAGAAUUCAAUGGAUGUAAUGCCCCUAUAUCCCCUAUUUGACAUGGCCAGGCCCUAUCAAUUUCCAUAUUUGCACCAUCAUACUGCAGGGUCGCACGGGUUCCUAUCGGCUUGAUGGGGCAGCCCGGCCAUGGUUUUCGCCAUGAUCUCCCGCAGAUUUUUGGCCAUUUGGCAUGUGAAACGUGCCUUCCGUCGGCUUGAUGGGGCAUGUUCAGAUAUGCUUGGUGGGCCGAAUGUCCACUCUGCUUGGUGGUCUCAACUGUUUGGAC